AUGAAAGAGGAACAGCUUCCUUUCCAGCAGUUUCGUUGCAGGAUUGCAGGAUACCUUUUGUACGAUGUAAAUCCCCCUGAAGGGUUCAACCUUCGCAGAGAUGUCUACGUUCGCAUUGCUUCUCUUGUAAAGACCCUGCGGAAAAGUGAAAACUGGGUGUUGGUUCUGCCUCCCUGGGGACGUCUUUAUCACUGGCAGAGCCCUGACAUCCUCCAGGUCCGGAUCCCUUGGUCCGAGUUCUUUGAUAUCCCAAGCCUGAACAAGAACAUCCCUGUCAUCGAAUAUGAGCAGUUCCUUGCAGAGUCAGGUGGGCCCUUUAUUGAACAGAUUUAUGUGCUACAAGGCUAUGCAGAAGGAUGGAAAGAAGGAACRUGGGAAGAAAAAAUAGAUGCAAGGCCGUGCAUUGAUCAGCUGAUGUACUCCAAAGACAAACAUGGCUACUACAGGGGCUGGUUCUGGGGUUACGAGGAAACACGAGGCCUGAACGCCUCUUGCUUGUCUGUCCAAGGAUCUGCCUCUAUUGUGGCUCCCAUCCUUCUGAAGAACGCUUCAGCACAGUCAGUGAUGUUAGACAGAGCUGAAAACCUUCUUCAUGACCACUACGGAGGGAAAGAUUAUUGGAAUACCCGUCGGAGCAUGGUGUUUGCUAAACACCUCCGCGUGGUGGGAGAUGAGUUCAGGAAGAAAUACCUUCAAUCCACAGAUGAGGCAGACAAGACUCAUUACAAAGAGGACUGGACACAGAUGAAGGUUAAGACAGGCACAGCUCUAGGUGGCCCAUACCUUGGAGUUCAUCUCAGAAGGAGAGACUUCAUUUGGGGUCACAGAGAAGAUGUGCCUUCCCUGCAAGGAGCAGUAAAGAAAAUCCACAGCCUCUUGGAGGUGCUUAAACUUGAAAAAGUUUUUGUCGCCACUGAUGCAGUUGAGGAAGAGAUUGAGUUGCUCAAGAAACUGCUGCCCGAGAUGGUGAGGUUUGAACCCUCCUGGGAGGAGCUGGAGCUCUAUAAGGAUGGGGGCUUGGCCGUGAUUGACCAGUGGAUUUGUGCACAUGCAAGGUAUUUUAUAGGCACCUCAGUAUCAACAUUUUCUUUCCGAAUCCACGAGGAAAGGGAGAUCUUGGGAUUUGAUCCGAAAACAACUUACAACCGAUUUUGUGGUGAAACRGAGAAAAACUGUGAGCAGCCAACUCACUGGAAAAUUGUGUAUUAAACACAGAAAAAUACAAAAGUUUCAGUGCUGUGAGAGCUCAAAAUAAUAAGGAAAAAUGGUGGGGAAUUACCUGCCUUGGAACAAAGUACAACCCAGUCCACUGUGUGACAUUGUGAUGUGGUGGCUGUACUGCUCCAUCACUGUCUCUGUACUUCCCAGCAUCUUCACAUGGCUGCUGCCCCUGGGUGCCCUGGA